AUGGAUUCUAAUUCCACAUUUUCGCCAUUGGGAUUUUUGAUUUUCGGUUUUUUUCUUAGCUUUUAUGCUUUUCUUGUUCAAUCUCAGAUACAUGAUGGAAACGAUUUUCAAUCACAACAACCACAACAACCACAACAACAACAACAACCAAUGCCUGUUUUUAUGGUGUCACCAUCACCUUCACCUCCACCGCCUCCUCCGCCACCGCCACCUCCUCCUCCACCUCCACCUCCGCCUCUGGAUCCCAAUUCCCCUCCCUCACCCUCACCCUCACCUCGCCAACAUUCCAUUCCUCCCGAAAACACGAGGAACCCCAACCCCAACGAAAUAAGAUCACCACCUCCUCCACACCACCGUCACCACCACCACCACCAUGUUCAAUCUCCGCCACCCCCGCCUCCUCCGCCGCCUCAAGGAAUGAAUGCUGGGAAAAAGGUCGGACUUUUGUUUAUCGGCAUUGCGGCAUUUCUACAGGUUGGUAUGGUUGGGUUCUUGGUAAUCAAAAGAAGACAACUUUUGAAUACCAAUGACGACAGAUACGAGCAUUCUUCUUCUUGA